ACGAGAUACCCAAACCAUUAUUGUGACUUCGUCUUCCCCAGAGCAAAAUCAAGCUUCUUCGAUCUUCUUCCUCGUGAGGUUUCCAGUUCGAUUCUUCACUUCUAAAAAGUUUUUAUUUUAGAUCUAUAGAGAGAAUGGCAACAGCUACGUAUCCGCCUCCUCCUCCAUAUUACAGACUCUACAAGGAUUACUCAGAAAGCCCUAACUCUGCUCCUGAACCUCCACCUCCCAUUGAAGGCACCUACGUUUGUUUCGGUGGCAACUAUACUACUGAAGAUGUUCUUCCAAGCUUAGAAGAACAAGGAGUGCCUCAACUCUAUCCCAAAGAUUCAAAGAUUGAUUACAAGAAGGAACUAAGGUCGUUGAAUAGAGAACUACAGUUACAUAUAUUGGAGCUAGCUGAUGUUCUUGUUGAUAGACCUUCUCAAUAUGCUAAGAGGAUUGGUGACAUUUCUUCUAUCUUCAAGAAUUUGCAUCACCUUCUCAAUUCCUUGAGGCCUCACCAAGCGAGAGCUACGCUUAUUCACAUUAUGGAACUUCAAAUUCAACAGAGAAAACAAGCUGUGGAGGACAUUAAGAGGAGGAGAGAAGAGGCACAGCGACUUCUGAAGGAUGCUUUCGUCACUUUAGAUGGACAAUAAAGUACUGUUUUUUUAAUACCCAUUUUGUAUAAAUUAGCGUUAUGCUUGUUGUUUAUUGACCCCUGAAGCGUAUCGGAAUUGUGAUUGUUGUUGACACCACCACACCAUGUUUAAUUUGGCAAUCAACCAAUA